AUGAUGAUUUUUGUGAAAAAUCUGCUCAGUUUUAUGAUCAUAAGUUUACGUACUAUAAGUUCAUAUGAAAUAAAUCUUGAACUAACUGAUUGGACAAAUAUUGAUGAAAUUAAUAUGGAUUUACAACAUGACUGUCUUUAUACUUCAAUGUCGAUUGAACCUGAAACAAAACCUUAUCAUCUUGAACAUCAUAAUAUUUCACGAAAUUUUCGUCAAAUGAUUUCAUUAUGCUUAAGUGAAUGGCCAUUGAUAUGGAAGAUCGAAGAAAAUACACAAGAUCAAAAAUUCAAUUUUUCUCAGUUGGCCGAAUUAAAUAUAACCAGUCAACAACUAUUUCAUUGGUCAGCACCAAUAGAUCUUAUUGAAUCUUAUCAAUUCUACUUGAAUCAAAUCUCAACUUCAAAUAGCACAUCUUUAUCGAAACAGAUCUUUUAUAACUGUACGUCGCCCAGAUUUGGGCCACAAUGUCAAUAUUCAUUUGCAUUGAGAACAACCGACAAACUUCCAUCCGUGCAUGAACUUAUUCAUAGAUUUUAUUUAGCUGUGCAUUAUCCAAUCGAGCAUUUACUAUGUUAUGAUCAUUUACAAUGUUACUAUGGUUCCGCGGUACUAUGCCUUGAUUGGAAUCAAAUUUGCGACGGUUUUGUUCAAUGUACCGACGGAAUUGAUGAAAAAAAUUGUUGGCAAAUGGAAAUAAACGAGUGUAAGGAAAACGAAUAUCGAUGUCGAAAUGGUCAAUGUAUACCCUUGAUAUUUUUUGAUGAUAAUCCAGUUGCUGCCGAAUGUUUAGAUAGAUCCGACACAAAAGAGAUGUUAGAUUGGAAUGUUUUAUUACGCGGAAAUUUCGAUUUUCAACGACCAAUAUUCCUGAAAGAAGAAGUACUUAUUUUUGAUGGUAUUGGUGAAUUUCAUUCAUUUUUUAUAAUGCGUAAUCGUAGAGCUUUUUUCGUGAAUUACAUGCUGCCAGAACAAGAAAAAGUCAUGUCAACGGACUGUUGGUCAGCACUUUAUUGUUAUCUUGGAUUUGAAUAUGAAAAUGUUGAAAUCUGCGAUAAGGUCUGUUUCAGUGAACAUUGUAAAGAAAUAAUUAAUGAAACUUGUCCGGAUCUGUUUUACUUACCAUCUGUACCAAUUGCUUUGGGUCAUAUCUAUUUAGCAUAUUCAAAACAAUAUAUCGUUGAACAAAAGAUAUGGACAAAUGCACCUGAAUAUAUAUGUUAUAACGAACAAUUAUGUAGUGGUUUUAAUCCCAAAGAUCAAGUCAUUCGUUUUAAUAAUAGUUUGUGUCGUCGUGUUCACGAUGUUUUACCGUUUAUUAUAUCAAAUGAAUAUGCAAUUCAAAUGAUAUGGGAUUAUAUGCUCAAUGUGUCUAUUUAUCUUUCGAAAUGUAAUACAAUUCUGCAAAAUCAUACAACAAUUUGUGACCAUGAAACGAUGUAUCAAUGUUUGAAUUCUUCGAAAUGUAUAACAAAAAUUCGUAUCUUUGAUCAAUUUCAAGAUUGUGAUUAUGGAGAUGAUGAAGAUAUACAAAAUAACAGUUUCGUUAGUGAAAUUUGUUCCAAAGAACAAUCUUCAACACAUUUUCUAUGUCCUAAUACAAAUAGAUGUUUUUCUCGAAAAUUAAUUCGAGAUUCCAAAUGUGAUUGUGGAUAUUCAGAUGUCGAACAUUUUCUAUGUCCUGAUGAAGAUAUUGACAAGAGAUCUAUUAGAGAAACAAUAUCAUUUUCAACAAUCUGCAAUGGUUUUAAUGAUUUAAAUCCUAUACUAAUUGAUGGACAAAAUUAUACCGAUGAAACUGAAUGUGAUCAAUGGAUAUGUAAUAAUCCAUACACUCGAUGUAAUGGCUAUUGGGAUUGUUAUGAUGGAGCUGAUGAAAUUGAUUGUUAUCAAUUUCUAUUGGAUUUAAAUUGUCCAAAUCACAGUUUUUUAUGUAUGUCACCUUUUACACUUAAAUUUAUGUGUCUUUCGAUGGAGAAAGGUAAUGAUGGGCAUAUUGAUUGUCUUGGUGGAACUGAUGAGCCACAUGUAUGUCGAAACAAUACUCAAGUCUAUGAUAACGGAUUUUAUUGUAACGAUUCAAAGACUCUUUCACCCAAAUGUGUUCAACGUCAUGAAAUCUGUCAUACUGAUUUAAAAUGUACCAAUAUGGAAAUGUCGGAAUUCUGUCAACUUAAAUUUGAACAUAAAAUGUUCAGAAAUGGUCUCUGUGAUCGAGGCGAUUUUGCAAUUCUUACGAAUUUUGAUAUGCAAAUAUGUUAUCUGUUCAGAUUUACUCCAAGAUAUGAAAUCCAUCCUUUUUCCCUUCUACCAAUCAAAUCAAUAUUUCGAGAUGAAGAAAGAACACCAAUAUUUGUUGAUACUCUUCUCAAUGAAUUUGAUAUAACACAAAAACAUUGUUUUCUCGGUGUACCUUUAACGGUCACAUUAGAUUUAAAUAAAAACAUAUUUAUGACGACAUGUUUAUGUCCUCCAAAUUAUUAUGGUACACAAUGUCAAUAUCAAAAUCAACGAGUUAGUUUUACAAUGAAACUUCAAACAUUUUCUGAUUCUUGGCAAACACAAUUUCUUCUUAUUGUUUCUCUUAUUGAUGAUAGUAAUGAACGAACGAUUCAUUCAUAUGAACAAAUAACGUAUUUUCCAAUCGAAAAUUGUCAAACAUCAUUUGAUAUUUAUUUACUUUAUUCCACUCGACCAAAAAAUGAAUCAAAACAAUAUUCAAUUCAUAUUGAUAUUUAUGAAAAAUUAUCAUUGAACUAUCGAGGAAGUUUCUUAAUUAAUAUUCCAUUUCUAUUUUUACCUGUACAACGUGUUGCCAGUUUAUUAAAUAUUCCAUAUGAAAAUUAUGAAAUGAAAAAUUGUUUUCUAGAUCAAUGUUUACAUGGCGAAUGUAUUCGAUAUUUUCAAGAUAAAAAUGAAAAAACAUUUUGUAAAUGUUUACCAGGUUGGACUGGUCGAUUUUGUACAAUUAAAUACGAAUGUAAUUGUUCAAUAGAUUCAUUAUGUUAUGAUAUAUCAGCAAAUAAACGUUCAAUUUGUAUUUGUCCAAUUAAUAAAUGGGGUCCUCGAUGUUUAAUUCCUGAUGAUAUAUGUUAUUUAAAUAAUCCAUGUGAAAAUAAUGGUAUUUGUAUUCCUUAUGAUCAACAUAUUACACCUCGAAAUAGAUUUCAAUGUAUUUGUUCAAAAGAAUUUUAUGGAAAACGAUGUGAAUAUUCAUCAUUUAAAAUUAUUUUAUCGUUUUCAAAUGAUGUUCAAGUACCUGAAACAAUGUUAAUUCAUUUUAUUGAAGUCAAAAAUCGAGAAGAACCAGAAAAAGGUAUAACUUUCAAAAAAAUUCCAAUCAAUCGUGAUCCGAUAACAAUUUAUUGGGCUAAAACUGUUCAUAUAAGUUUCAUUGAAUUAUUUCUCAAUGAAUAUUAUUUAAUUUUUCUCCAAGAGAAUCACAAUAAAUCUCGUCUUAUUACAAAACAAAUCCAAUCAUCUGAUUAUUGUCCACAUAUUCGUAAUCUAUUUAAUGAAACAUUCGCUAAACUUCAUCUUAUUCGUCGUAUUAAAUCUUAUCAUUCAAUAUGUCGAAAUCGUUCUCGCGAACUUUCGUGUUUUCAUGAUGAAAUUUAUAUUUGUUUUUGUACAAUUUUUAAUAAUGAAUUUCAAGCAAAUUGUUUAGAAUUUAAUCAUACAUUAAAACACGAUUGUUUUGGUCGAAGUAUAUGUGAAAAUGGUGGUCAAUGUUUACAAGAUAGUUCCAUUUGUCCCCAAACAUCGAUGUGUAUUUGUCCAUCAUGUUUUUAUGGAUCACGAUGUGAAUUUACUUCAAAUGGACAUAGUCUUUCACUUGAUGCUAUUCUUGGUUAUCAUAUUCAACCAUUUAUUUCAAUAACACAACAACCAAUUAUUGUACAAAUUAGUCUUGUUUUAGUUGUAAUUAUAACUUUAACAGGAAUUAUCAAUGGAAUAUUUUCUCUAUUGACAUUUAUACAAAAAGAUUUCAAAGAAACAGGUUGUGGAAUAUAUCUUCUUGGUUCAUCAAUUACAACAUUAUUUAAUACAAAUAUAUUUUUUAUUAAAUUUCUCAUACUUAUCAUAGCACAAAUGACAUAUGUAACAAAUAUUUUCUUUUUACAAAUUCAAUGUCGAAGUAUUGAUUAUUUAAUACGAGUUGGUUUAAAUUUAGAUCAAUGGUUAAAUGCAUUUGUGGCUCUUGAACGUGCAACAACAGUUGUUAAAGGUGUUCGAUUUAAUAAAAAACAAAGUGUUAAAACUGCUAAAUAUGUUAUAAUAAUUCUUCUUAUUCUAACUAUUUCUUCAAAUAUUGUUGAUCCAAUAAAUCGACAUUUGGUCAUGAUUGAUAAUAAUGAUGAAAAACGAAUUUUAUGCGUUCUUGAUUAUUCAUCAAAUAUUCAAAAAUUUAAUAUAAUAGUGAAUAUUUGUCAUUUUUGUUUACCUUUUAUUAUUAAUCUUGUAUCAAUAUUAAUUAUUAUUAUUAAUGGUGCUCGUUUAAAAUCAACUUUACAUACGAAUCAAUCCUACAAAAAACAUUUACUUAAACGACUUCAACAACAUAGUCAUCUUUUGAUUUCAUCAUUUUUAUUAUCUAUUUUAGCUUUACCACGUUUAAUUUUGAUGUUUUCAGGAGGUUGUCUGCAAACAAAUGCUGAUUCUUGGUGGUUUCUUUGCGGAUAUUUUAUUUCAUUUUUUCCUUCCGUACUUAAUUUUGCGAUAUUUGUUUUGCCAUCAAAAGUCUAUGUAAAACGCUUUCGUGUCACUAUUGCUUCUUAUCAAAAAAUUGUCCAAAACAAAAUCUAUCCGCUUUAG